AUGGCAACAACACCAGAGCCCAUCGCUAUCAUUGGCAGCGCUUGUCGUUUUCCUGGCGGAUCAAACACUCCAUCAAAACUGUGGGAGUUGUUGCGCAACCCCCGCGAUGUUCUUCAAAAGAUCCCUCCAAACCGCUACGAUCCUGGAGCUUACUACCAUCCAGACCCCACGCAUCAUGGCACCACGGAUGUUCAGGAACCUUACUUCUUCGAAGAGGAUCCGUUUGUGUUUGACAACACUUUCUUCAACAUUCAACCUGGAGAAAGCGAAGCCAUGGACCCUCAGCACCGGAUGCUACUCGAAACAAUCUACGACGCUCUUUGCGAUGCCGGCAUUCCAAUGGAAUCGCUGCGCGGAUCAUCUACAUCCGUAUUUGUCGGCUUGAUGUGCGAUGAUUGGAGUGGCCUUCUGACCCGGGACUGGGAUGCCUAUCCAACGUAUGCCAGUACGGGCAUGGGUCGCAGCAUUGCAUCCAACCGCAUUUCCUAUACCUUCGACUGGCAUGGUCCAUCCAUGACAAUUGACACCGCCUGUUCCUCGAGUUUGGUUGCUAUACACCAAGCCGUCCAGACAAUUCUCAGUGGAGAGUCUCGCGUUGCUCUUGCCGCUGGUUCAAAUUUAAUUCUCAGUCCCG